AUGCCUGCCGUUGCCUCCCAGUCGCUCAGUGAUGACCAAGUCAACUCCGAACUCCAGAAGAUGGUGGAGUUCAUCAAGAAGGAAGCCGAUGAAAAAGCCAAGGAAAUUGAACUCAAGGCCAAUGAAGAAUACGAAAUUGAAAAGGCCAGUGUCGUACGCUCUGAAACUUCUGCAAUUGACGCACUCUACGAACGCAAGUACAAGCAGGCCCAGCUCGCUCAGCAAAUUGCAAAGUCUACUGUUGCAAACAAGACUCGUCUGAAAGUUCUUGAGGCUCGUGAAGACGUUGUCACUUCUGUUUUUGAAGGUGCCACUGAAAAGCUCAAGGAGCUUUCCAAGGACUCUAAGAAGUACAAGUCAGUUCUUUCUGGUCUUAUUGAAGAGGCUGCCCUUACCCUCCUUGAACCCAAGGUCCGUAUUCGUGCCCGUAAGGCUGAUGCCAAAAUUGUCAAGGAAGCUAUUGAACCUGCUGCUAAGGCUUACAAGGAAAAGUCUGGCCGUGACGUUGAAAUUACUCUUGACGAAGACUCGGAGCUUCCAGAAGGCUCUGCCGGUGGUGUUGUUGUUCUCAAUGCCUCGGGUAAGAUCUAUGUCAACAAUACCUUUGAGGAGCGUCUCAAGUUGCUUGAAGAUCAGUCUCUUCCUGCCAUUCGUCUGGCCAUCUUUGGACCUUCUGAGUCCCGAAAGUUCUUCAACUAA